CAUGAACAAUUGACGGCGGUAUAGGCCAAGUGCUCCCCAAUGAUAACGCACGUGAGAGCAUCUUAUUAUCAUUCUUGUUAUUAUAAUCCACCUUCGUCGACGACCGCUUGUUUCUGAACACCGUCCUUAGCCGCCGCCGCCACCGCAGUGUCUGGACUUAUACGCCGACGCCACAUUUUACACAGAGCCUCGUGCACCGUUCAGCCGAAUCCAGGUCGGUCAAUGGUUAUCAUGGAUCUCACGUGCUUGAUGGUGGCCAUGUUCGUCGUAUCUCCGUGCUUAUCGUUGCCGGCCCCGGGACUAACCUCGACAGUCAAGCCGUCGCCCGACGGUAAGAAAGCCCGAUCGCUGUUCGACCAGUCGCCCUACCUGGACGGCGAGUACAACGCGCUGCAGUACAGCGAUGACGAAGACGACGGGUCGUAUCGGCCUAUCGGCGGACUGGACGAAGACGAGGAACUGUUGUCCGGCCGAGCGCGGCCCGUCAAGCCCGACUCGCCCGUGUACUUUAUCCGGUUACCGCCGCAGCCGUACAUGUACGUGCCCGGUUACGGCUACGUCAGCCAGCCGACCAGGCUGGAACCGCCGCCGUUCAUGCAACGGCCCACGUCGCCGUUCCUCAACCUGCCGCUGGAAUACAUGUCCAACGCCAAGCCCGUCGGCGUGUAUACGUUACCGCAGCAGGCCCGGCCCAAACCGCAGCGACGGCCGCAACCGGCGAUCCAGUCGCAGCCCCAGCACCAGUCCAACGUGUACAAUCUCAACAAAGGCCCGUACGAGUUCAACGGCAGGCCCACCGACGUGUUUUUGUUGCAGAACGCCUACGACAACCUGUACUCCGAAGUGUUGCAGAACAUUUACCCGUAAUAAAAAUGUGACAAACGUACAAGUGUGAUUCCGUUCAACGCUUGUAAACAUUCAAAUCAAAACUAAAUCCACACGAUUAUAAUAUCUAUAAUAAUACUUUAUUAUUAUAUAGAUACAUCUACUUAAAACGCGGCUUACUUUAUUUAAUUUUUUUUUUAUAUUUAUUAAUUUAUUUAAUGUUGUUAUUGUUAAUUUUAUUUAUAAAUAUAUUUUUUUUUAAUUUGUAAUUUUAUAUUAAAAGAAAAAAUUGAAUUAUUUGCAAAAAUUAUUUAUUACAAAAAAAAAAUCCUAAUCUUAUAAGUAUGCAAACAAAUUUAUGGAUUUAUAGGUCAUCCAAUGAGGAAAAUACAGCUUAAACAUUUUAAAUAUGUGCCUAGUAUUUAGUAAACAAUACAAUACUUACGAAACGUAAAUUAUGUUUUUUUGCUAAUGACAAUAGAAAAAAAGCACUUACACGACUUCAGUUAAUUAAUAAUGUAUUAGUUUAGUUUGAAUUUUUAACACGCUUAUAUUAUUAGUUUAUAUCAUAUUAGUUUAGACUUUAGUUACAAGCUAAGAUUAACUUAAAUGAAUUAAUUUGAGUAUUGUAAAGAAAACAAUGUCUUUUAUUUGUUCUAUUGGCAUCAUCUCUGUCCGUGGCCACCUUAUACAGUAAGCAUACUUUUUACUGCAAUGACGUACCAGUAAAUUAACAAAAACUAUAAUAUAAAUACUUUUA